CCUUGGUUAACUACGGGCAAUGGCGAUGAGGACCGCGUCCGUUUCUUUAUCCUCCCCAAAAUCUGUUCCGAGAUUUUGGGGGAAAUCUGGAGCUCUUAGGGUUUCUUCCGAUUACUCUUGCAUCGAAGUGAAGAAGGUUUGUUAUAGACCGCCUGGAGUCCAACAUAAUUUAUUGAAUGAUGUCAGUUUAUCACUGCCUUUGAAGAGCUUUGGCCUAGUAUUCGGAAGAAGUGGAAGUGGAAAGACCACGCUUUUACAGAUUCUUUCUGGACUAUCCGCCCCAACAUCUGGUUCCAUCUGCAUUCAGCAGUAUGGAGAAGAUGGAAGACCAAAACAAUCGCCUGAAACAUUAUUACCUGAAAGAGUUGGCAUUGUAUUUCAGUUUCCUGAGAGAUACUUUUUGGCCGAUACAAUACUAGAAGAAGUCACCUUUGGAUGGCCAAGGCAAAAGGCAGAUUUCUCAGAAAGAGAACAACUUGCUUCAAAUCUUCAAUAUGCAUUUAGUGGGGUUGGUUUCCAUUCAAUCUCCCUUGAAGAGAAUCCACAGUCUUUGAGUGGCGGUUUUAAGCGACGUCUUGCCUUAGCAAUUCAACUAGUUCAAAAACCGGCUUUGUUGUUACUGGAUGAACCUCUUGCUGGUCUUGAUUGGAAGGCUCGUGCUGAUGUUUUAAAGCUGCUGAAGGAUCUAAAGAAGGAACUUACUGUACUUGCUGUUAGUCAUGAUCUAAAGGAAUUGUCAUCUUUGGUGGAUGUCUCGUGGAGAAUGGAAAUCGGAGGAACACUGAAGGAAGAAAGGCUACCACUAGAAUUUGCGAGCGGACUUAGCUGAGAAGGCAACAAACGGAUGCAUGGUGUAUGAAGGCUACUGUUCAUCUUCCUCCCCCGUCCGCUCUGAUCCUACAAGAAAGACUUCCAGUCAGCUCGGAAGGCCAUGACAGCAUCUUGCUGUACGAAGGCCUCUAAAAAUCUAGUCUUCCUCCCGCUUGGCCUCAUCCUACCUGAAAACAGGGAAUGUUUUGAUUCGGAAAGUUUUCUUCAAAUUGGCUGCCUUCGUUUCUGCUAUCAUUCUUGAUAUUCAGCGUGGAGAAUUUAAGGGGCUUGUUUCAUUUUCAUGGUAUUUGUUGACCUUCCCGGCCUUUUUAUGUGGAAAUUGGUGUUGUAUAUUACUUUAUUUGUACACUUCACAAGGUGCUAGAUUUUGAAUCCCCUAGUAAUUUUUUUUUCCUUAUCGG